CCCAUUUCCUAUUGGCCAGAGCGACUUCCAGCGCGAAGCUUUCAAUAUAGAACCAGGCGGAACCGGGAACCGCUUCACUCUUUCUGACAUUUUUAAUGCUUUAAGUUUUCCCGCUGUCGCUCUUUUUAACUUGCUUUAUUUGUCGUGUUUGGGUGACACGGAAAUAGUGACGACAUGCAGUCUGCUCGCUCUCCUCUCUCUGUGAAGAACCAGCAGAACCUCAGCGGUCAGAUGGACGGCUUGUCGCUGGACAAAGAGAACACGCCUCCGGGCUUGAGCUACAGCCGCUUCCUGGCGUCCAGAACCGCCCGAAAGAUCUUCACCGACACCCCGCCUGAAGCUGUGAAGACCAGCUUGGAGGAAGAGGAGCCUCUGCUGAAGGAGAACCCUCGGCGCUUCGUCAUCCUGCCGAUCCAGUACCACGACAUCUGGCAGAUGUACAAGAAGGCAGAGGCUUCCUUCUGGACGGCUGAGGAGGUGGAUCUGUCCAAAGACCUGCAGCACUGGGAGUCUCUGAAGGAUGACGAGCGCUUCUUCAUCUCUCAUGUGUUGGCCUUCUUCGCCGCCAGCGACGGCAUCGUUAACGAGAACCUGGUGGAGCGCUUCACACAGGAAGUGCAGGUGACUGAGGCCAGGUGUUUCUAUGGUUUCCAGAUCGCCAUGGAGAACAUCCACUCGGAGAUGUACAGCCUGCUGAUCGACACCUACAUCAAGGAUCCCAGUGAGAGGGAAUACCUGUUCAACGCCAUCGAGACUCUGCCCUGUGUGAAGAAGAAGGCCGACUGGGCGCUCAACUGGAUAGGCAACAAGAACGCCGCCUACGGAGAGCGUGUGGUUGCCUUCGCUGCCGUGGAGGGAAUCUUCUUCUCUGGCUCGUUCGCUUCCAUCUUCUGGCUGAAGAAAAGAGGCCUGAUGCCCGGCCUGACCUUCAGCAACGAGCUCAUCAGCAGAGACGAGGGACUGCACUGUGACUUCGCCUGUCUGAUGUUCAAACAUCUGGUGAACAAACCGUCAUCAGAAACCGUCACCAAGAUCAUAAAGAACGCCGUGGAGAUCGAGCAGGAGUUCCUGACCGACGCUCUGCCGGUGAAGCUGAUCGGGAUGAACUGUGACAUGAUGAAGCGGUACAUCGAGUUUGUGGCCGACAGGCUGCUGCUGGAGCUCGGCUUCUCAAAGAUCUACAGGGUGGAGAACCCCUUCGACUUCAUGGAGAACAUCUCUCUGGAGGGAAAGACUAAUUUCUUUGAGAAGCGAGUGGGAGAGUACCAGAGGAUGGGCGUCAUGUCGGGCUCCACAGACAACACCUUCAGACUGGACGUUCAUUUCUGAGGACAGUUACCAUGGAUGCUACCUCUGCCCUGGUGCAUGCUGGGACAAAUGUUCAAAACUAAUGAACUGUUAGUUCAUCCAGAAAAAUCUAGAUUUCUGCAUCGGUGUACAGUUGGCACUAAUUUUAUCUGAUUAUCCAGAUGUUCUGGUUAAUGUUGGACUGCAAUAAAGUAAAUCAACCUCUUUA